AGUAGACCGACCCCACCACCCCGCGGUCGCUGCAUUAGUACGGCAUCUCCGGCGGAAGCCAAACUUACACUCAAAGCCACGCAGCUGAAGAAGAAGAAGAAGCGCAGAGCAGCAUGGACAGCAAAAACGUCGUCGUAUGCGACAACGGAACCGGGUACGUGAAGUGUGGUUUCGCUGGUGAGAAUUUCCCCACCUCCGUUUUCCCUUGUGUGGUAGGGAGACCCAUGCUCCGCUACGAAGAAUCUCUCACAGAACAAGAGCUAAAGGAUAUUGUUGUUGGCGAAGGAUGCGCGGACUUGAGGCAUCAGCUUGAUAUAUCGUAUCCCGUGAACAACGGCAUUGUGCAAAACUGGGAUGAUAUGUCUCAUGUGUGGGAUCAUGCAUUUUACAAUGAGUUAAAAAUUAACCCUCCAGACUGUAAGAUUCUACUCACAGAUCCGCCGCUCAAUCCAUCAAAGAAUCGUGAAAAGAUGGUCGAGACAAUGUUUGAGAAGUACAAUUUUGCUGGAGUGUUUAUCCAAAUUCAAGCUGUUCUAACAUUAUAUGCUCAAGGUUUGCUGACUGGACUAGUUAUCGACUCUGGUGAUGGCGUUACUCAUGUGGUUCCAGUUGUUGAUGGCUAUUCAUUUCCUCAUCUAACGAAACGAAUGAAUGUAGCCGGCCGACAUAUAACUUCCUAUCUUGUUGAUUUGCUUUCAAGGAGGGGGUAUUCUCUGAAUAGAACUGCUGAUUUUGAGACUGUUAGGGAAAUCAAAGAAAAGCUAUGCUAUAUAAGCUAUGACUACAAGAGGGAAUAUCAAUUGGGACUUGAGACCACCAUCCUUGUUAAGAACUAUACUCUUCCAGAUGGAAGGGUCAUUAAAGUAGGGACUGAGAGGUUCCAGGCCCCUGAGGCUCUUUUCACACCGGAACUUAUAGAUGUUGAAGGUGAUGGAAUGGCUGAUAUGGUAUUUCGCUGCAUUCAGGAAAUGGAUAUUGACAACCGGAUGAUGCUUUAUCAACACAUAGUUUUAAGUGGAGGGAGCACCAUGUAUCCUGGACUACCAAGCCGAUUGGAAAAAGAAAUACAUGAUCGUUAUCUUGAUGUUGUUCUGAAGGGAAACAGAGAUGGAUUGAAGAAAUUACGAUUAAGAAUUGAGGAUCCACCACGUAGGAAACAUAUGGUGUACCUCGGAGGUGCUGUCCUUGCAGGCAUAAUGAAGGAUGCACCAGAGUUCUGGAUAAACAGGGAAGAUUAUCUAGAAGAAGGAGUUGCUUGCCUAAGCAGGUGUGGCCAGGCUUGACGUUUUGGUUUCCUGUGAUGUGACCUCACUAAAAAUAGAUCAUUUGGCAAAGCAAAAGCACAUGAGAGGCUGAAUGAUGAAUAUUCAAAGCUAUUAGAACUGCCACAUUUUCCACAUAUUGAUGUUGUUGGCCUUGUAUAGCUUUUCCUUAAGCUACUUGAGGCUGAAUGUGAUAGUAUAUUCAAUCACGUUUCUUUAUAGGUAUGACAAAAGAAUUCUUGUAUCUUAUUUGUGCAACAAAAAUUGUUAGCUAUUGGCGUAAAAUGGUGAAUGAAGAACACAUCGUCUGUAAAUUUUAUAAAUGUUUUGUUACUUUGUUGAGAGUUUGUAUUAGCACUAUACAAUAAUAGACAACUAAUGUUGGCAAUAACCAAGUUAAUGGAUUAUGUAAUCCAUCUGAGGAAAAUAUUCCUGCUUUGUGUGCA